CCCUUUCCGGAGAGCGUAAUAGCUCACAUUUAUUGAGUUCUUAGUACAUGCCGGGCACUGUUCUAGGCUUUUUACAUGAAUUAACUCAUUAAAUCCUCAGAACAAAACCAUGAGGCAGGUACUAUUAUAAUAUUAUCUCCAUUUUGUGGACACUUAGGAGAGAUUAAUUUGCCCGAGGUUACACAACUAAUAAUUUUCAGAGUCAAGAUUUGAAUCCUGGAGCCUGUGCUCCUAACCAAACCACCAUCUGCCUCUCCUGGGCCCAUUGUUCUUAACUUCUUGGGGUCAAGUAUACUGGAGAGAAUGUGAUUAAAGCCCUGGACCUUCUCCCUAGGAAAAUGCAGGUAAGCAGAAUUUAGCAUAUUUCAGGGACUUUGGGGACACCUAAGACCCAUCGUCUGUCGACCUCAGGCUUAGAAUCUCUAUUUAUCUCAUACAUCCUGGAGAGAAUCGUCCAGGGACAAAAACAGAAGCGCCGCCAGCGCCGCAGGACUUCGCCCCUGCAAACGUGUGAGGAGAGCUGCGCUGCGCUAAGCUGCGUGGUGACGGAGAUGCCCGUUCUCUCGGAAUCAGGAACGGUGAGCUCCCAGGACUGCAAUGCCCUGAGAACGCAGCCGGGUCGCUGAGCCUCCGGAGUCCGGUAGCUGAAUGAAAUACGCAGGGAUCACCAGCCGGACCCAAAUCUUGCGUCCCUGCCAGCAUCCUGGAGUCCUAAGAGGCAGGGAUUGGAGCUGACAGGAUCUCAGAACUCUGGUCCCAGGCGCACAACGGCGGAGUCGCUGUUCCUGGUGCUGAAACACUCUGUCCUGGAAGAGCGUGGCCGCCUGCCCGCCUGGUACCGCGCCGCGGCCGCUGCGGGGAACUGUCCAGUGCUGAAAACGGAUGCGGCCCGGCCCGCAGGGCUCAGACCCGAGCCUGCCGCACCCAGCGGAACUCGGACCGAGCUCCUGGAAGCACUGACGCAGAGCGCAGGGAGAGUCGGAGUGGCGAGCUCCAAGUCGGGCAUGGACCUGCAGAGACCCGAUUCCUACCAGGGAGGAGCUGGCCCUGACUUCAACGAGCACGUCCUACAUAAGACCAUCCUGGUGGGCGACAGUGGUGUGGGAAAGACGUCUCUGCUGGUUCAGUUCGAUCAGGGCAAGUUCAUCCCCGGCUCCUUCUCGGCCACUGUGGGCAUUGGAUUCACGGUGAUGCUUCUGGGAGACUCAGGCGUCGGCAAAACAUGUUUCCUGAUCCGAUUCAAAGACGGGGCCUUCCUGUCCGGAGCCUUCAUAGCCACCGUCGGCAUAGACUUCAGGAACAAGGUGGUGACCGUGGAUGGCAUGAGAGUGAAGCUGCAGAUCUGGGACACCGCUGGGCAGGAACGGUUCCGAAGCGUCACCCAUGCUUAUUACAGAGACGCCCAGGCCUUGCUUCUGCUGUACGACAUCACCAGCAAAUCUUCUUUUGACAGCAUCAGGGCCUGGCUCACUGAGAUUCAUGAGUAUGCCCAGAGGGACGUGGUGAUCAUGCUGCUAGGCAACAAGGCGGAUAUGAGCAGCGAAAGAGUGAUCCGUUCCGAAGACGGAGAGACCCUGGCCAGGGAGUACGGCGUUCCCUUCCUGGAGACCAGCGCCAAGACAGGCAUGAAUGUGGAGUUAGCCUUUCUGGCCAUCGCCAAGGAGCUGAAAUACCGGGCCGGGCAGCAGGCGAAUGAGCCCAGCUUCCAGAUCCGAGACUAUGUGGAGUCCCAGAAGAAGCGCUCCAGCUGCUGCUCCUUCAUGUGAAUCCCAAGGGGCAGAGAGGAGGCUCUGGAGGCCCACGGGAUGCAGCCGUUCCCCCCAGGCCUGGCUUAUUCCAAGCGGCUGAGCCAAUGGGGAGAAAGAUGGAGGACCCAGUGCACAGCCUCUUCCUACUAGGGAGCUGUACUCCAGCUCCUACUUGAGUUCCUGCGGUCUCCCCGCAUCCACGGGGAGGGUAAAACACUUAGCUUUUAUUUGAAUAGUACAUAAUUUAAUACCAAAAAAAAAGGCACCUGGAUGCCCAAAAAACCGA